AUGUCGCGACCACAAAGCAUGCCCGACUUUACUGCUCUUAUGGACUCGUCCAAGUCGCUAUUUGAACAGACAACCACCUCGAAUUUUGAAAGACGCAUACACAGCCGACGACAAACAUCACCAGAGCGAAGGACCCCGCACACACGCAAGAAACCUAGCAUCUCGCUCGCAGCUGGCUUGAUGAUGAACACAGAGUCUCCUUUGGCUACUGGCUCGAUGUCGCCACGCAAGGCGAGUGAUGGUCGGCCUCCUGAAGAGAGAAAGGUAGAGACAGAGGAAGGCGAUACUCUUUUCUACGCAUAUGCGAAGCGCAGCGACUACCCGUCCUCGCCUCCCUACAUCCUCACAUUUGCCUCGGCUGCCGUUUGCUCGCAAUGGUGGCACCUCGUCCAGCAAAACUACCCUUCGUCCGCUCGCCGCCCAAGCCCCCAGUUCUUCAUCAUGCGCAGCGAAGACAUGGAACUCAUACAAGACGAUCUAAAAUUCUUUGACCUCCGCAACAAAUGGUUCUAUUCCUCCCAAGACAGCCCCACCUGUCCCCCAGUCGUUCUCCCCAUCCAACACGCCAACGGCACACUCGCCCUCCCACCUUCUCCUCCCCCACCCGAGGAAAAGUCAAACACAUCCGCCCUCGACAGCCUUGCCGAAAGCCUCACCCGCCUCGCCAACAUUGUCGAAACAAACGCGGAACAAGUCCACGCCCUUUCCGUUGCCCAGUCGACCGGCCUACAAGCCAUGCAAGAAAUCAAUGAAUCAAACAGCGUCCAAAUAAAAGCCAUUUCCGCUUCUCAGCUCAAACUCCAAUCUCUCGUCGACCAAAACGCAUCUCACUACAUCGCCCUCUCCAACAAACAUUUCGAAUCGCAAGAAUCCACGCGCCUCGCUCAAGAACGCAGCCAAAAAGCUCAGGACGAAGCAAAACAUCUCCUCACAUCAACGCUAUCUCACGUCAAUUCGCUAGCAAAAGCCCAAUCAGACCUAGCCCAGACGUGCCAAUCCAUGAUACAGAGUUUCGACUCUUUUACACACAACAAUCAUAGCAUAAUUGGCUCCGACGCCGCCAGUUUGCACUCGGCCGGGUCCACGACGUCGAGUGGCGUCCUGGCCAGUCGGAUUAGUCCGCCGCCCAGGAAGCUGAACCGCAGGGUCAAGGGUGUGUGGUAUGAGUAUGAUAAUAGUGUUCCUGGGACGGCUGGCGGUGGGACGACGAUGGUGCGCAAGAGGGCGGAUUCGGUGGGCAUGGAGACGCCGCCGAAGAGUCCUGUCGUGUUUAAGUCGUGA